CUGAUGUCCCUGGCUGUGCUCAGGAGCAUGCAAUCCCUCCAGGCUUCAUUUUUCCUUUCCUUUUUUUUUCCCUCCUCAAGGGGAAGGGGGCAACAAGCUUCCAGACCUUCCCACUACAUCAGAAGGAAGCAGGAGAACAAGAAGGCAGCACCCCCUGCUUCCUCCCCGGCCCUGCAUGUAACUCCCAGCACUCCAGCGCAGCCGCGCGCCUGCGACGGGCGCCGCCAUGGAGAAGAGCGGGAACAUUCAGCUGGAGAUUCCCGACUUCAGCAACUCUGUGCUGAGCCACCUGAACCAGCUGCGCAUGCAGGGCCGGCUGUGCGACAUCGUGGUCAACGUGCAGGGCCAGGCGUUCCGCGCGCACAAGGUGGUGCUGGCGGCCAGCUCGCCCUACUUCCGCGACCACAUGUCCCUCAACGAGAUGAGCACCGUGUCCAUCUCCGUCAUCAAGAACCCUUCCGUCUUCGAGCAGCUCCUCUCCUUCUGCUACACGGGCAGGAUCUGCCUGCAGCUGGCCGACAUCAUCAGCUACCUGACGGCCGCCAGCUUCCUGCAGAUGCAGCACAUCAUAGACAAGUGCACGCAGAUCCUCGAGGGCAUUCACUUCAAAAUCAACGUGGCGGAGGUGGAGGCCGAGUUGAGCCAGACCAGGACGAAGCACCAGGAGAGGCCGCCCGAGUCUCACCGGGUGACACCCACCCUGAACCGAUCGCUGAGCCCGCGCCACAACACCCCGAAGGGGAGCCGCCUGGGCCAGGUGAGCACGGUGCUGGACAUCCGGGAGCUCAGCCCGCCCGAGGAGUCCACCAGCCCCCAGAUCAUCGAGCAGAGCUCGGACGUGGAAGGCAGGGAGCCCAUCCUGCGGAUUAACAGGGCGGGACAGUGGUACGUGGAGACGGGGCUGGGGGAGCGCGGGGCCCGGAGCGACGAGGACGUGCGGGUGCUGGGCGGAGUGCGCAUCAAAACCGAGAACCUGGAGGAGUGGCUGGGGGCGGAGCACCAGCCCUCGGGGGAGGACGGCAGCAGCGCCGAGGAGGUCACGGCCAUGGUGAUCGACACCACGGGCCACGGGGCGCUGGGCCAGGACGCCUACGCCCUGGGCUCCUCGGGGGCCAAGGUGGUCAGGCCGACCAGCACCGACAUCGACAGAUUUAGCCCUUCUGGCAGCAUGGUUGCUGUGACUGAGCGGUACAGAUCAAAAAGCGAGUCUCCCGGGCGGAUGGAUGAGCCCAAGCAGCCCAGUUCCCAGGGGGAGGAAUCAGCCAUGCUGGGAGUGAGUGGUUACGUGGAGUAUCUGCGGGAGCAGGAGGUUUCCGAGCGCUGGUUCCGGUACAACCCGCGCCUCACGUGCAUUUACUGCGCCAAAUCCUUCAACCAGAAGGGCAGCCUGGACCGGCACAUGCGGCUGCACAUGGGCAUCACCCCCUUCGUGUGCCGCAUGUGCGGGAAGAAGUACACCCGCAAGGAUCAGCUGGAGUAUCACAUCCGCAAGCACACGGGCAACAAGCCCUUCCACUGCCACGUCUGCGGCAAGAGCUUCCCCUUCCAGGCCAUCCUCAACCAGCACUUUCGCAAGAACCACCCCGGCUGUUUGCCCCUGGAGGGGCCCCACAGCAUCUCCCCUGAGACCACCGUCACGUCCCGGGGGCAGGCGGAGGAGGAGUCCCCUCCGCAGGAGGAGGCCGUGGCUGUGGGGGAGACGGCACAGGGAUCUGUGUCCACCACGGGGCCGGAUUGAGACACGGCUGCGGAGCGCGGGGAGGAAGGACCGUCCUCCCCUUCUUGGCUCUCCAGAGUCAGCACCAACCUGGCAGGCUGGUACUGUGAUUAGUGCAAUGCCACCACUGGACAGAAAGGAGCUCCCGAGAUGUUGCCAAAAUAGAAAAAUCUCUCUCUUUCUCUCUCUCUCUCUCUUUCUCUCUCUCUCUCUCUCUCUCACUCUCUCUCUCUCUUCCUCUCACACACCCACACACACACACGUAGAGUGUUAAACGUUUUUCUCCCUUAUUCCUCCUCCUCUCGGAGAAAAACAGAACAACUGUGUCAAUCAACUUCUUAUUCAGGGAUCGACAGGAUUUUAAAUUUUUUUACUGUUCCGUAGUGACCUGGGAUGAGCAGUCAUUGGUAUUUCUGGACAGCCCUGUGGCCCCGCAGAGCCACAUCCGCUGGUCCCGCUCGAGGGGAGAGCAGGGGCAAAGGGCCCCGCUGCCUUUGUCCCUUUCCCAGGUAGAAAACAAAGACACUGUGCUGGUGGAGCCUGCCUAGCCCGCCUGUAUUUAUCCCUGUCUUAUUUUUGGUGUGUCUCUUUGCAUUUUUUGUUGAAGCUGUUACUUUAGGGCUUUUGGCCUUGCCCGCUGC